CAAAACCCACACCAGUAAAAUCAGUCUGUAUAUGCAGUAAAGCAUGCUUGUUAUACUCACUGUGGAACCUAAGGGGUUAAACCUCUGCACUGUGUUUUAUCCUGUCCUCUCUGAUCCUCCCCUUCUUCCAAUGUCCCCCUCUUAUCUCCUGAUAAGACAUUGUGUAGAGUCACUCUGCACAUGCUCAGUUUGGUGUGUAUUGCUAAAGAGGUUUUUUUUUUUUUCUUGGAAUAGUGCAUGUGAUCAGCACAGGGCCAAUCAGCACUGUCCAGAGGUCAGGAGUAGUGUAUCCUCCUAGAACAAAAUAAAAAAACUCCUUCUACAAGCUUUAACUACCAAGUCAUAAGACUGCUCUAGCUGCUGAUGAGAAAAGAUAUUUAGCAGUUUAUAUUUACUAAAAUAAUUGCAUUUCCAUGUUCUGUGUACUGCCAAGCAGCUUGGUGAA